UUCAGCACCGCGGCAGAAGCCCUCCCCGUGCCCCGAGUGCGGGAGGACCUUCUGGGAGAACGCCAUGAGGGCCCACCGGCGCCCGCACAGCGAGGGGAAGCCGUUCUGUGUGCUGUGCGGCAGGCGGUUCACCCGGCCCUGCAGGCGGGCCGCCACGGCCCGUCCACAGCAAGCAGCAGUUCUCCUGUGCCAGGGCCGCGUCCACAGCAAGCAGCAGUUCUCCUGUGCCAGGGCCGCGUCCACAGCAAGCAGCAGUUCUCCUGUGCCAGGGCGGGAAGACCCUGGCUCGGCCGGCCAGGCUCACGGAGCACCCACAGCAAGGACAAGCCCUUCGCUGUGGCGAGUGCCCGGAGCUUCCGCCAACGCUCGCACCUCACGCACAGCAGGCUGCACCGCGGCCGCGAGCCUUUCCGGUGUCCUGAGUGUGACCAGAGCUGCUUCUGGAAGGCCUCCAUGAAGUUCCACCAGCGGGUGCACAGGGGCGACAAGCCCUUCGCGUGUGGCGAGUGCAGCAAGGCCUACGCUCAGCGGUCUCAGCUCACGGAGCACGCGAGAGUCCACAGUGGGGAGAAGCCCUUCCCGUGUCCUGAGUGCUGGAAGAGCCUCUGACUCAAAGGAAAUUUGAAAAGCCGCCUGCUCCAGCACAGUGUCCUGAAACCAUUCUCUUGCGUCAAGUGUGGCAAAAGUUUCACUCAGCAGUACAGGCUGACAGAGCACAUUCGAGUUCACAGUGGUGAGAAGCCCUUCCAGUGUCCCCAGUGUGACAAGAGCUACUGCAUUCGGGGAAGUUUGAAGGUCCAUUUGCACACGCACGGUGGACAGAAGCCCUUCAGGUGUCCCGAAUGUGGCAAAGGCUUCCUCCAGAAGAGAAGUUUGAAGACCCAUCUGCACCAUCACAGAGGGGAGAGGCCUUUUUCUUGUGAUGAGUGUGGAAGGGGCUUUACGUACCUGGGGGCGCUCAACACCCACACUGCUGCAGUGCACGCCAGGGAAAUGCCCGUCAGUCUCUAGGUCAGGCCACACAGACAGUGACAGGGACAGCUGUUAGGUGGAGCCAGCGGCUCUGUUGGCUCUGGCUGAGGCAGGAUAAAGACUUCACAGAACACUGGCUUCACACACGGGCCAGAGGCCUAGUGGGCAGGCUGUGACACAUCCCUGACAAAGGUCCCAAAUUAUCCAGACAUAAGAUAGGCAGGCAUCGCCCUGGCAGGUGUGACUCCAUGGUUAGAGUGUCAGCCCACACACCA